AUGACGACAGAGAAGGCAGCAGAAUUCUCGCCCCUAGACCUUCAUGAGUUUGACCAGCACGUGAAGCCAGAAAUAAAAAUGGAGAGGCGAGAACGUGGAUCCAGGAGAGGGCUGCAAAGAACCGGGGAGACCUCCCUGGCCGCCGAGGUGGAGACGGUUAUUGUUGCAGCAUCGCCGCAAGGCAUUAAACAGGAAGUUGGCGAAGGACCGUCGUCCCGGCAGUGGGACGGGCAGUGGCAGGACUACCCAGAUGCCUCACAGUCCCCUCUGUCAGGGCAGGGAGACCUGGACCUGGAAGAGACAGCAUUGACGGACGAUGUUAAGGAUUCCCUUUCCCACUCCGAAGGAGCAGCGUCCACCAGCCGGUGGGCUAAAGGCAGGACAAGGCCCCGGCUCGGGUUGGGACGCACCCGGACAGCCCAAGAGGCCCAAAGUGUGAAAAGCGACAGUGGGAGCAGUGACGAGCAGGCAAGCGAGGCCGAGGCCACAGAGUCCAUCAGUCCCGAAUGCCAGCGCCAGCGCUUCCGGCAGUUUGGCUAUGAAGAAGCCGAGGGGCCGUGGGAGGCCUACUGUCAACUCCGGAAGUUUUGCCACCAGUGGCUCAUGCCAGAGAGGCACACCAAAGAGGAGAUCCUGGAGCUGGUGAUUCUGGAGCAAUUCUUGGCCAUCCUGCCCCCAGAAAUGCUGAGCUGGAUCCGAGAACGUGAUUCAGAGAGCUGCUUCCACGCUGUAGCCCUUGCGGAGCAUUUUCUCCUGAGGCAGCGAGAGGCUCAGAGGCAGGACCAACAGGUAUUUUCUUCUCAACGGUCCUGAGCGGGCUGUGCUAUUGGUGGUAGGAUAUUGCAAGCUGUGGUACUUAGCUGGCGGCAGUAGUGGGGAACCUGGGGUCCGUGGGCCUAAUUGGGGCUACUUAAGCCUCCCAGGUUGUCUUGCCGAGCCAUUUGAGCCCUGUGCCUUUGCAAGCACAGAUGAUCACAGCAGCAAGCACUGAAAAAUCAGUUGCCCAUCAGUACCUGCAAAGCCAAACAGGUCACCUGACAUUGUUGUGGCGUCAGGUGAUUGGCAGGAGUAGGUCAGGAUCCAGCUCGCUGGCUGGACCUGGUUCCCUUUCCCUGGCUUACAGGAUGAGUCAUUCUGGUAAUAGUCGCUUUGUGUGACUGGGAGAGAUGCAAACCAGGUCAAGCAAAAAUGUCCCAUGGAGCACUUUCUUUACAAGGAAAGGCUUUUUUGCUUCCGGAGGGGGGAAGAUGCAACAAAAGGGGGUAGGGACAUGAGCGAGAUUUACAGCAUUCAUGCAUAAAGUAGAGGAAGAGACAGAAAUGUUUUUGUUCUUUGCAGUGCUAGACUUUGCAGCAGGGUGAUUGGGGUGGGAAAUAUCCUCCAGUGAGAUUGAUGAUGAGUAGAUUCAGGACAUGGUGGGCAGGAAACCACACUUCUUCAAGCAAAAUGUGUGGCUGAGCUUAUGGAACUCACUGCCACAAGAUGAGGUGACAGCCACCUGCUCAGACAGCUUUAAAAGGGGAUGAGGAAUUUGUAGCGAGUGAGCUUACCAAUGGCUCUUUAGCCACGAUAGGUGAAUGCAGUAUAUACAUCUCCGUCUUGGGGAGGGCUGUUGACUUUUAGACCUGCUUGUGGGCUUCCCAGAGGCCUCUGACUGGCCAUGGCAGGAAAUAGGAUGUUGGUCUGAUCCAGCAGGACUCGUCUUAUGUGCCCCACCCCUGAGCCAUCUUGUACUGAAAUUCUCUCCCGUUGUUUCAGGUGGGAAUGAAAGAGGAGGCUGCUAUGAAUUUCUCUGCGGGAGAAGGUUCUUCGAUGGAUCUGACCCUCAGGCAGCUCUACAGGGAGGUCAAGGAGGAGGGGGAAGAUGAGGAGGAGGAGGAAGAAGAAGAAGCCAGUGUGCUAGGCAAGGAUGAGUUGCACUGGAAGCAAGUUGUACACUUGCUUAUCUUGAUCUUGUUUCCUUUUCAAAACUUCUGUUACAUAUGCCAUUUUGCUCUGGGGACGGGUGGGUAUUCCCAUAGCUGAGCACAUGUUCCACCACCUAAGUUCACAGGUUCGAUUCCUAGCAUCUUCCAAAUUAAAAAGGAUUGAGUACCAGCUGACAAGGAAACCUUCUUUGAAAGGUUACAGAGAACAUACAAAGCAGAACAUGCUGGGCUCAAUGCACAAAUAAUUUGGCCUGGUAUAAAACAGGUUCUAUGCAGUGGAUCUGUUAGAUAAAUGAGGCGCUGCCCCAACAACUAGGGCAGGGCGAUAUAUUGAUAUGUCACUCAAAACCAGUUUGAAGUCCAUAUCGUUAUAUGGGCUUAGUUAUUGACCUGGCAAUAUAUUGCGAAUUAUGUGUGUGUGUUGUGCAAAAAUUGCAAUGUGGGGAAAACCGCGAAGCCAGCCAGUGCCUUUACAUAGCUCCAUCCUUAUUUCAGACAUUGGGAUAUAGUGAUAUAUCAAGAUGUUUAGCUGGUGAUAUAUCACAAAGUUGAAAAUCACCUCCACCCUUAUUUCAGACAUUGUCCUAUAUCAUGGGUAGGCAAACUAAGGCCCGGGGGCUGGAUCUGGCCCAAUCGCCUUCUAAAUCCGGCCUGCAGACAGUCCGGGAAUCAGCAUGUUUUUACAUGAGUAGAAUGUGUCCUUUUAUUUAAAAUGCAUCUCUGGGUUAUUUGUGGGGCAUAGGAAUUCAUUCAUUUCCCCCCAUAUAGUCCGGCCCCCCACAAGGUCUGAGGGUCAGUGGACUGACCCCCUGCUGAAAAAGUUUGCUAACCCCUGUCCUAUAUCAAUAGAUCACAAUGUUUAGCUGGCGAUAUAUCGCCAAUGUUGAAAUUCAGAUAUGGCCCAGCUCUACCAUCAAAUUCAAGUUUUCCUUUGCCAGAUGACUUUUUUUUUAACCUUUUAAACUUACAGCCACCCCAGCUGUUGGCACUGCCUGUCAGCUUCUUCCUUGGGGUUGGCACUUGUGGAACUCAGCAGAGAGGGAGGGAGGAGGCUGGAGAUACAGCUGGAAUUUAUUGUCCCCGCCUGUCAUUGAUUCUGUUGGUCUGCUUUCCGCCCUACCAGCUCCAAUGGGCACCAGCCUCCACUGCUUCCAUGUUCCUGCAUAAAUGCUUAUUGUAAUUAUGGCAUGCAGGACCUGCAACAACGUGUUACACCAUGGAUUGCCUCUUUUCAGGAUUCCAGCCACUUCAGCCCAUUCCCUCUCCUGGUUUGCUGUCCCACAGCUGCCCCUCCUCCCCUAAAACGUCAAUCAGUAUUCUAUGGCCAGUGAGCAAGUUCAUCUCUCCAUCGACUGUUUUGUGGAUCCCCCCCCCCCUUUUAGAGUUUUCUUCACCAGAUUAUUUUUGUGCACUUCUGCAAAUCUCGGGGUUCCACACACCCUCUUCUGUGUGAAUGGAGUCGUUCUGCCAGGGGCAUAGCAAACAAAUAAAAAUAUUUAACUAACUGACCAAUCGCAUUGCAGGUAGCUUAGUUCUUCCCUCACACCACCCCAAAUCCUGUGUUUUGGCUACAUCAGCAACGUCACUCGCAACCUGAAAAUCAGAUAUAGGAAGAAUGAUGGUUUUCAUUAUUCUUAUAUUAAUAUUAGGUGACGAAGGUCAGGAUGAAAAUGAUGGGAUGCCACUAGAAGGAGAGAACUGCCAGGACUUUGAGGAGACAAUUUCAAAACCAACGGAGCCAAAGGAAUACGGAACAGAGGAGCAUAGGAAUGAAUCCGUUGCGCCGGAGGGUGAAACGACAGCCGAACAGGAAACCCCCAAAUUAAAGAGGCCAAGUGAUAGAUUGUUCCACGGCCUCAACAGACAUCAGAGGAACAACUCGGGGCAGGAACUCUAUGACUGCUCCGAUUGUGGCAAAGUGUUUAUCUCCAGAGCUGGCUUCAUCAUGCAUAUAAGAGUCCAUGGCCGGGAGAAGCCGUACGAAUGUGCAGACUGCGGCAAAAACUUCCGGCGGAGCUCACAUCUCAAUAACCACAGCAAAAUCCAUGCGGGAGUGAAGCCGUUCAAAUGCUUGGACUGCGGGAAGGGGUUCAGUCGGAACUCAAACCUUAUUUCACAUCAGAGAAUGCACACGGGCGAGAAGCCAUACUCGUGCUCCUCCUGCAGCAAACAGUUUUGCGACAAGUCGAGUCUGGUGAGACACGAGAGGCUUCACACUGGAGACAGGCCGUACAAAUGCACCGCAUGUGGGAAAAGCUUCAGCCAGAGCCACCAUCUCAUAACGCACCAGAGAAGCCACACGGGCGAGAAACCGUACAAAUGCCUGCUCUGCAGCAAAAGCUUUUGCGAUCGAUCGACUUACAUUAGGCACCAGAAAAAUCACACGGGGGAGAAGACGUUCAAAUGUUCUGAGUGCGGCGAAAGUUUCAGCCGGAACAAGCACCUCAUUAGACAUCAGAGCAUUCACACAGCCAGGGAGUUGUACACGUGCUCAGAUUGUGGCGAAAGCUUUUGCCGCCGGUCAGGCCUGAAGAUGCACCAGAAAAUCCACACGGGGGAGAAGCCGUUUGAAUGCACAGAUUGCGGGAAGAAGUUCAAUCGCAGCACAAACCUUAUCAGUCAUCAGAGAAUCCACACUGGAGAGAGACCCUACGGAUGCCCUGACUGUGGGAAAAGGUUCAAUCGCAGGACACACCUUGUUAGCCAUCAGAAAAUCCACGGACCGAGGAAAGAAUCUCCAGAAACGAUCAAAACCGAAGAAGAGCUUCCAUCUGACGACGUCUUUUUGCACCCAUCUUAUAUCAUCACAAGAACCCUGUGAGGUAAGUAAUUGAAUUGAAGAACUGAAUUGAAUUGAUUUGUAAAAGUCCAUACAAAUACUCUUAUUGGGAGAAAUGACCUGACACCCAGGCAAACAUGUACUUCAUGCAGAUUGUUGGCCUGUGACCUUUUGCAUAUUUCAUUUGCGUCCGCCAGCUUUUUUAUUCCCUCUUUCCUUUAUUUAACCUUGUGACUCCCUCCCCUUUGCUCUCAAAUGUUCUAUCAGACCCAUGUCAACUUACAGAUUUGAAAAUAAGGGACCAGCUGCCUCAAAAAUAAGGGAUCAGCAGCCAAAAUAAAGGAUCAACAAUUACUUUGAUAAAAUGCAUAUUUUGUUGCGUGCAAAUGGCUUUAGAUACCUAUUAGGUCCAUAAAUUACCAUAUAGCAUAUAUUCAACACACAAAAACAGCAACAAUUUGUUGUUGACAAAGCACAGCUGGACAUAGAAAGGGUCCCAUUACCUUCAGUAGCUUAUUUAAGGGACAUCAUUAAUAAGGGACAGCAGCGUGACAUGGCACUGGGAUAAGGGACUGUCCCGCCAAAUAAGGGACGCUUGGCAGCUAUGAUCAGACCCCCAGAGAAUUACUCAGGCACCUUCAACUCCCCAACCCUGCUCCCCAGUUUCAACUUUAAAACUCCCCUCUCUCUAUUGAAAUUACAGUGGUACCUCGGGUUAAGUACUUAAUUCGUUCCGGAGGUCCGUUCUUAACCUGAAACUGUUCUUAGCCUGAGGCACCACUUUAGCUAAUGGGGCCUCCCGCUGCUGCUGCACCGCCAGAGCACGAUUUCUGUUCUCAUCCUGAAGCAAAGUUCUUAACCCGAGGUACUAUUUCUGGGUUAGCGGAGUCUGUAACCUGAAGCGUAUGUAACCUGAAGCAUAUGUAACCCGAGGUACCACUGUAUAAACCUGGCUGCAAACUCUUUGCAAAGUCUGCUGCACAAAUAAACCUCAUUCCUUGCAUGUGACUUACUUGAAUCCCACCCUCUCUCUGUGCCAUACUAGUUUCAAACAAACACAGAGCAUCGUUUUAUCCUAUGCAGCCCUGACCCAGGUUUAUCCCAUAACUCAGAACUAACCCUAAAUUUAUCUAUGGAACCAUCAGCAAAUCACCUAGACAUCUAUCACUAGAUCCUGAUCUACCAUCUUCUGCCCAUCCUUACCACUCUGUGGUAGAGCUCCGACUUCGCUGUCAGGUUCAAUCCCUGCCAUUCCCUGUUUUAAAAGGACUAGGCAGCUAGCAUUGAAAACUAGGUUCCUGGUGAUAAAGUCUGCCCUGAGAUCCGCUGCCAGACAAGAGUGGAUAACACUGACCCAGGGAGACAAAUUACCCGACUUGGUAGAAGAAAGGCCUGAUAAGUUUUGAAAAACAGAAAGGUCACCAUCCACACCAUAUUUUUGAAGCGCAUUCCCCACCCCGGGGAAUCCUACAGGCAGUGGCGUAGCGUGGGUUGUCAGCACCCGGGGCAAAGCAAGUAAUUUGCGCCCCCUAACCCAUGGAUUUGCACCCCCUAACCUGUGGAUUUGCGCCCCCUAACCCAUGGAUUUGCCUUAACCCCAGAUGUUGCACCCGGUGCGGCCGGCCCCCCCUGCACCCCCCACGCUACGCCACUGCCUACAGGUGCUGGUUUCUUGAGGCAGUGGCGAAUUUGGCUCCCUGUGCGAGGCCUAAAUUUGCCCCCUACCCCAGCCCUCACACUGUCUUCCCAAAGGCUUUGUGAAGGAGGCACUGCAAAGCCCAGGUAAGGAGGUGCCCAACUUUGGGAAGAAGGUAUGAAGGCUCUGACAGGGCCUUCUGACAAGGUUACCAGAUUUUUUUCAAUAAAUCCGGAGCACUUUUCAACUUCAAUGGAUUUUGUCAGGGGAUUGAUUUGGAAAUCCGGGGUCUUGUCCCUGGGAAACGGGGACGUCUGGUAACCUUACCCUAAAGCAUGGGUAGGCAAACUAAGGCCCGGGGGCUGGAUCUGGCCCAAUCGCCUUCUAAAUCCGGCCCACGGAUGGUCCAGGAAUCAUUGUGUCUUUACAUGAAUAGAAUGUGUGCUUUUAUUUAAAAUGCAUCUCUGGGUUAUUUGUGGGGCAUAGGAAUUCAUUCAUAUUUUUUUCCCCAAAAUAUAGUCCUGCCCCCCACAAGGUCUGAGGGUCAGUGGACCGGCCCCCUGCUGAAAAAGUUUGCUGACCCCUGCCCUAAAGCUUUCCCACCUUCCCAGAACUGGGAGAGCACUAGCUAGGCUUGGGGAAGGAGGUGGGAGGAAAUUUUACCUCUUUGGGGCGGGAGGUGAGCUACAGUUCCUGGAAUUGUUUUGUGCUUUUAAGUGCAUGGUGUCGAUGCGACCAAAUACAAGUUCGGAAAGAGGGGGUUUGUGGGUUUGGGUAAAGACAAAAGCAACAAGGAUGUAUACACGCUUUUAAAAGAAAUGCAUUCUUAUGCAGGGCUGGAUCUGA